CCACUCCCUCCAACCUCCCAGCUGCUUUCUUCAAAGAUGACGUCUUCAUUGGGAAAGAGCCUACAGGUCACAUGACCAUCCAGCAUGUUUCCAGGUCUGAUGAAGGCCUCUACAAGUGUGACAUCAGCGGUCAUGGAGAGUCUCCAUCCAGCUGGAUCACUGUCACAGUCACUGAUGCAGCUGCAGUCGACUCAGACGUGAGACCAGAAGACGUCAAAGACAAGAACAACAGGUCAAAGAUACGAGGAUGGGAUUCAACUGUGGUCUACUCAGCAGUGAGAACUGAAGGCAUCAGUGAUGGACUAGAAAGCAUCAGAACCAGGAGGAGCAGGUACAGCUGCUCUUUGACUCUGAACACAGCCAAGCUAGCUGCUCACCUCCCACAUUUAUGUCUUAUUGAAUCAGAAUAUCUUUAUUGUCAUUGUGCAGCAAUGAGACAACAAACUUGUUCUCUGAGCUGUGAGGAGGACGACAGCUCUGCUGGAUGGACUGUGAGGAGAAACACAAGCACAGACACAAGAGCUGAGUGUGGAGCUGGGUUUGGAAAACUAACUGGUUCUUCCUGUAACAUCAGCUACAUUGACCCACAGGACAGUGGAGUUUACUGGUGUGAGUCCAGAGAGGGUGCCAUCAGUAACAUGGUUAACCUCACAGUCUCUGGUGGAUCAGUGAUCCUGCAGAGUCCUGUCCUCCCUGUGAUGGAGGGAGAUGACGUCACUCUGCUCUGUCAAACAAAGACCACUCCCUCCAACCUCCCAGCUGCUUUCUAUAAAGAUGGCUCCCUCAUCAGGAAGCAGCCUACAGGUCACAUGACCAUCCAGCAUGUUUCCAGGUCUGAUGAAGGCCUCUACAAGUGUGACAUCAGCGGUCAUGGAGAGUCUCCAUCCAGCUGGAUCACUGUCACUGUCCUCUAA